AUGAAGUGUUCUGGAGGCGACGGUGCUAGGGAUAUGAAACGGAGAAAGAUGCAACAGAGUUAUGACGAUUACUAUGAGAAAGGACUACUCGAGCUGCUGAAGCACCUAGAUGCCAGGUCUCUGGCUAUGGCAUUUUGCGUGAGCAAGCGGUGGGGCAAGACGGCAUGGGAUGAAAGGCUCUGGAAGUUGAUCUGCACUGAGCAGUGGUCAAGUACAGGGUCCGCGGCGCAAGAGCUACAAUCCCUUGUCGCUCAGGGUAGUGGGUACCGUAGUCUUUACUCACGAUUAAUUUGGCCUUGCUCUUCUCAGUCUGAUAUUUACGAGUACCUUUGCAAGUUGGAGGUAGUGGGUACCCUUUCAUUUGUUCUGCAAGUUGAAGUUGAUCUGCACUGA